GUUUGCAUCAUAUUCAAUUCGACAGUCAACCCAAAUCAACCUUGAGGGAUUGCAUUUAACUUAAAGCCAGCAAAAUGUUAAUUCAUAUCCUAGGAAUUGCGCUGCUUGCAGUUACAUUGACCAGCGCUCUACCUGCAAAAUUCUUGGCUGAGAAGCCCUCUGACCUGGUAGCCUGCUCGGUAGAAGAUACCAAGUUCAACGAAUGUCUUAUCAAAAAUCUUCAAACUAUAUUUAUCAACUGGAAAGAUGGGAUCCCCGGUUCAGAUAUAGUCGGUCCCAUAGAUCCAUUCUCUAUUAAAUUUGACAUUUGGACCAAAGUAUUAAACAAUGAACUAUUCAGCAAAUUCUUGGGUAAUGGAACAGACUUUAAAGAUAUUGUCGUUAAAGGCAUGAGUCAAGCAACUAUUACGGAGGCUAGUUAUGAUCCUACCAAAUAUGAAGCGAAGGUUGUUUUUAAGAUUCCAAAGCUGAUCUUUCAUGUCGACUACAAAUUGACGAUUAGUGGAGGUGUUAAUAAUUUACAAAUCAGCACUAAAGGCUCUUCUAGCUUAGAAUUGGGCGACUUAUUAUUGGAGUAUAAGGUGACUCUCAAGCCGCGUGUUACACCCGAAGAUACAUUCUUCGAUGUCCUACAGCUAGAAGGCGGUAUCAAAAAAGAGAUAGAUGCCAAAGACGAUCUACAUGAUUCGGAUUUAAAUGACUAUGUCUACGAUGCUUACUGGAGGGAAUGGUUCAAGGGUUUUAAAAUCUUUUUUGAACCAACAGCUGAGUCGUUGUUGCUUGAACGGGUCAAGAAGGUAUUGAGUUAUAUUCCAGCCACUUAUAUAAUCCAAAAUAUUCACUAAAUACCUGAACAUAGCAAAUGUAUAUAUAUAUAUUAUUCUGAUUAUAUUAUUCUGAUUAUAUUAUUAUUAUUCUGAUUACACACAAAUAUAUAUUGGCAGCACUCUGCAUGAGAAAAUUUCUAAUAAAGCCAAAGUUAUAUAACGUCACUGCUAUCAACGAAAA